AUGGUGCUGAAGGCAAAGAAGAAAGCCCUUCUUCCUCUAAGACAGAAGCCAGGUCCAAGGAUUGAAGGCCAAGAAGGUGUUGCUGAACGAUGUCCAUUGCCACAAAAAGAAGAUCUGAACAUUCCCCCACCUUCUGUGCCCCUUGGAGAAACAAGCUUGAUCACUAAUGCGAUCAUUAAGUUCCCCUUGACCACCGAAUCUGCUAUGAUGAGGAUUGAAGACAACAACACCCUCAUCUUCCUUAUGGACAUCAAGGCCAACAAGCAUCCAAUCAAGGAGGUGGUAAAGAAGCUGUAUGACAUCAACAUGGUCAUGGUCAACAUGCUGAUCCAACCUGAUGGAGAGAAGAGGGCCUAUAUCCAACUUCCUCCAGACUAUGAUGCUUUAGAUGUUGCCAACAAAACUGGAAUUAUCUAA